GCGAAAGGUGCUUGCUUCUUGCAUCGUGAGUAACGAUUUUGUUGGCAGUUAACGGUGCGAUGUCGGAGAAAGCCUUGAAGGGGCUUCACUCUUCCAUUGACUUGGUUGUCAAGGAUCCAGCGCGGAAAGACUAUGCCUUAAAGGCUUUGGCCGUGCACGGCCGUGCGUUGCAGUUCUUAGCGCCCCAGCUGAGGGCUGAUAAGGAGGUGGUGCUGAAAGCUGUGAAGAACGACGGCUGGGCUUUGCAGUGGGCAGACCAGGAGUGUCGAAAGGAUCGGGAGCUGGUGCUGAAGGCCAUGAGCAAGGACGUGCGGUCCUUGCAGUCUCCUGAUGAAAGCAUUCGCUUCGGGCAAAACAACAUCUUGGCGCUGAAGGAGGUCUUGUCAGAUCCGACCUUUGCCCUCGAGGCCUUGAAACAGGAUGGGUUGGCCUACGAAUUCCUGUCGCCGGACUUGAAGCAGGAUCGUGAGUUGGCUCGGGUCGCCGUCACCCAGGACGGCCAUGCCCUCGAGCUGCUUGUGCCCGAGCUCAAACAAGAUCGUUCUUUGGCCUACAAGGCGGUGCAGCAGAAGGGUUCGGCCUUGGAGUUCGUACCACACUUCGCCAACGACCUCAUGCUGGUCUCCGCCGCUGUGAGGAACGAUCCAGGGGCCUUCCACUGGGCCUCCAAGGAGUUGCAAGCGAACCGAGAGGUGUGGCUCCAGGUCUGCCCUGAGCGUUUGGAGCACUGGAAGAACUUGGCUUCGGUCGAGAAGGAGUUGCACCUCGAGGGCACGGUGCUCCGGAUGGCAGAUCCACUCUUGAAGAAGGACCCAGAGAUGAUCUUCCAAGCUGCAGUGCAGAACCGCCAGGUGCUUGAGCAGUUGGACCCAAGCACCUGGCGGAGCAAGGACUUCAUGCUGCGCCUGGCCAGGGAGGACCUCGGUGUGUUGCGCUUCGCCGAGUGGCAGAGCAGAGAGGAUGCCAUGGAGGCAUUGGAGGUGAGCGGCAUGGCUUUGGAGUUCCUGCCAGAGGAGCUGCGAGCCGACAAAGACAUCGUGCUCGAGGCCGUGGGCCACUCCGGCCGUGCGCUGCAGUUCGCCAGCGCCGAGCUGCGCAGCGAUCGGGAGGUGGUGCUGAAAGCCUUAGCCCAGGAGCGCACCGCGCUCCUCUUCGCCGCUGAGCACCUCCGCCGCGACAAGGCAAUCUGGCUCUACGACGGAGAGGAGCCGCCCUUCUUUGAGCCGCCGCCAGAAGAGGAGGCUGAAACUGAAGCUCCUGAAGAAGAAGGGAUUGUGGUGACGGAGUGACCUAGGGCCUAGGGAGCUGACGUUGUGGGUGACCUUGCCAAUAAAUACCGAU